AUGGAGAUACAUGAAGGGCGUUUGGACGGAUGGAUUGAUCUUGUGAAUGCUGGUGAUGCUACGUCGUUGAUUGCUGUAUUUCGGGAGGUUCUCAGCUCUACACCGCUCGAUCCCUCCGCCUUGGGGACUAUAUCUACUUUUUUGGAGGCACAUCUUUUUCCGUCUGCGUUGGAAGUCGAUUUGCCGCAGCUUUUCUCCCCAAUGCCCACGGAAUACAUGGAGGCUGCUUUGAGCGAGGCACGCGCUCAUGCACUUGAUCCUCGUGAGAUUCUCAGUGAGUUGCUAGCGAUUGGAGAGGCCCUUGCUGGAUAUGCUCUUGUUGUUUACUUACGACUCAUUCGAGCAUCAUUUCGUCAGGUUUUCUUUGACACGCUUGGGCGCAAAAAGGGAUUGUGUGCCAGUGUUGAGGAACAGUUUUCAAAGACGCAUGAGAUUAUGCUUGCGUGGUAUCCAGGAAUGGAUAGACUUUUCUCGCGCAUCAUUUCAACAAUUUGUCAGCGAGAUGCAGCACCAAAAAUGGUGCGAACCGUAAAUAAUUUUGGGCAUGGUGACGUUGACAGUGAUGACGUCGACGAAAAAGAAGUUGAUGACCUGGGAAAUAUGCCGUUGUUGGUGGAGCCGGAGGCAUUGCAGGUCUUGGUGUUAUUGUCAUUGGAUCUUCUCUUGAUGGUAGGAGAACCCCACAAAAUAAUGCCGCUUCUACUGAUGGUGAGGACGAGUAUAGUGGCAGCCCAACCGUACAACGAAAGCGGCGAAUUUUUGCAUAGAACGGGAAAGGACCUGAGGGAAUGGGCUAACUUUUUCUGCAGUGUGGGGGACAAAAGGACAGAAUUGAAAGAGGAGCCUUAUUCCACGCAAAAUUCGCCAAUUGUGGCAACAAUAAAGGAGUCUGAAAGAAUGAGGGAAAAAAUUGCGCGAGCCGUGCUGGAGAUUUCGCCCCCUUGUGAACUUUUUUCGCACCUUCAAAAGUGCUGGAGCAAUGAAUCCACAAAGGAUUUAAUGGAUAGUGUCACAUACGAGGACAAUGAACAUGGAAUAGAUGCAAGCGACGCAAGGGCUUUCGCCACUCUACAUGCCUUAAAAAAAGAAAAGGAUUCCCUACACAUUCUUUCCGAUGACGAUUACGAAAGAGAGGAAUGUAAUGAUGAAGCCUUUUCAGCGUCUCUUUCUUUGCAGAAAAUUGGUGCCAUGUUGAUCCUAUGUGAUUUUAUGACACUUGAGGGGUUUUCUGAUCAACAGUUGUUUUUAUCGAAAUCUCCAGAAUCGUUCUUCUUCCUAACGGGAACAAUGGUUUUAGAGUGUCUAAAGAGUUCAUCACUCAAUGUAGUGAUGACUGGCCUUGCCUUCCUAUCCACCCUUGUUCCUCAAGUGCCUCCGUAUAGUGUUUGUGCCAACGGUGAACUUAAUACCAAGUCUGGAGAGAUACAUGAGUUUGGACAAAAACAGUCGGCGGGAAGCACAUGGGGGUUUCAUACAAAAAGAUUUGAGCUCAUCUUCGAAGUGGUGAAAUCAUUGAUGAAUAUUUCUGCAACUUCUCCCUGUGAGUGCCAUCGUGAGGUUUCUCGUGGAAUAUUUGUUCUUUUGCUUCGACGAUUUGCCUCUAACUUACGUAUGCUUGUUUACUCAUUGUUUCUUGCUCUGACACCCUUUGCCUCCAUUUGCUCGCUGAUGUUGCACUCCCUUCGGGAAGAGUGGAAUGGCAGUCAAUUCUCUCCCAACAAUUCAGAAUUUGAUUUUCUUCAGAAUACCCUUCCUACACUUCUGUUAAAGGCGCAGAAAAACUGGCUGAGUAAAAUGCGUGUUGGUGAGUUGACAUUUGUGGAGCCGAUGAUCCAGUCAAUUAAUUUUGUCCGUUGUGUGAUCAUCGAGGAUCGAAAACGGAGGCCGGAGGACGCGUUGUUUCGAUUUGAUCCCAACUGUGCCAAGGUCCAGCUUCGUGAGGAGGAUUCCGGGGGUGGCAAAGGUGAUCGAUGGAAUAUUUACCUCUGUCAGCUGCUGAAGGAUGUUAUACCGCCAUUGCGGAUCAUGGUUUUGGAAUCCCCUGAGACCUCUGCAACCGCAAUGGGUUUGUCAGGUGGCGUGACGCUCUCACCACUUGACCGCUUUGCACUUUCCAUGUGUAUGGAUGGCUUGGGGGAACAGGUUUCUCUCGCGGCUUAA